UCUUUAUCCACACACACAUAUAUACAUAUAUCACACACAUUCAUCUAUACAUUCAUUCAUUCAUUGCAUCACAACACCAUCCGCCCGCCUGUCUGUACAAAUAAAAACAUACUAUUAUGUACAAGCACAAGGACGAAGGUCUUGAUGACUGCCGCUUGCCUUUGGCAGCAAUGCCAUCGCCACCACAAUCAUCAUCGUUGAUGUUAUCUUCAAAGCUAAUAUUGGCAGUAUCAGUAAACUCUGACGGGUUACCAAUUGCGUCCGCCGAAUGGCAGGCUAUGGAAUCGUUGGCAUUCACCCUCAGAAGCUCGGUCAAUCCCCAGUUCUGCGCGCAACUCGCAAUCCUGCUGCUUUCAAAUGUCCCGACACACAUGCUCAAUUCAGCCAUGCACCAGCUAAGCAUGCUCCUGCGCCGCGACUUUAUUGGGGGUCUGCCAGUUGAAAUAUCAACGCGAAUCCUCGAAUUUGUGCCCGCCUCUGACAUUGCUAGAAACGUGUCGCUUGUGAACCGCCGCUGGCACGCCGUUGCAACCCAGCCUUGCCUUUGGCGCCGGCUGUUUUACCAGCGCGGCUGGGCAGUGGACAAGAAACGCUGGGAUUUCUAUUGCUCCAUUCCACAGGGCCUCAGUGCCACCACAAUUCUGCGCGACAGCGCUGUGUUUCAAGCAUCUAUAGCCAUAGCAUUGGCCGCAUCUUUCACUGGGCCACAUGACUUGGCAGACACCGGCGCACUCACAACGGCGGCUAUAGAAGCCCAAUUGGCAGACACGUCGUGGGCUAUGUCGCUUGGCACAAGCAGAUUGCCUGCCUGGGAGCCGCAACAAAUUGCAAUUGCCAAGGCCAAAUACCACGCGUUUAGGGCCAGCAGAUCCACGUUGGCGAGUCUGGGCAUGGCGUCAGCAAACCAGCAGAAUUUUUUUGAAUCUGCUAGUAUGGUGCCGCUUCUUGUCUCUAGUUUGCCAGAGCCGUUUCCAUUGGCAUUGCCAUUGUUGCCAGUGCCUUCUCUGCGGAAUUUCCAGGGCACAGCGCUCACUCGCUCACAAAAGCAGAUUAACAUGCAUUACCAAGAAGACAGGCCCAUCCAUUGGCGCAAAGUGUACUCUGAAUACCAUUCGUUGCUCAGAAAUUGGCGUAGUGGUAGGUGCCGAGUAGACAGAUGGGAGUCGGCGCACUCGGAAGGCGUGUACUGUCUGCAAUUUGACCGCUGCAACCGGCUGUUUACGGGGAGCAAGGACCACUUGGUCAAGCUGUGGCAUCUAUCCGAGGUUGGUGGUCAGCUCACGCAGUUGGCAACGCUUCGGGGCCACACGGGCUCAGUUCUCACGCUUCAGGUUGAGAGCAACAUGCUUAUCACAGGCUCUUCAGACGCAAGCGUGUGCGUGUGGGACACCAAAACACUUUUGAUCAGGCAGCGGCUUGCCCACCCGAGUGCUGUGCUGUCGCUGAGAUUCAAUAGCAGAUGGCUGGCAACGGCAUGUAAGGACAGCAUGCUGCGGGUGUGGCAGCGCGACAAUUGCGGUUUUAUUAACCUGAUUGAGCUGAGUGGGCAUGCAAUAGCUGUCAACGCUAUCCACCUGCACAAUGACAGGCUGGUGUCUGCUUCAGGCGACCGAACAAUCCGCGUGUGGGAUCUGAACACACGUUCCUGUGUGAUGACGCUAGUUGAACACACUCGUGGCGUGGCGUGCCUUGACUUUGACGGCAAGUAUAUUGUCUCAGGAAGCAGCGACCGGACGAUCCGCAUCUGGAACGCAGAAACGGGGGCAUGCGAGCGCACAAUUGGCAAUGCGCAUGGAGAUCUGGUGCGCACAGUCAUGUUCGACCGCAGCAUGAAUAUUGUGGUCUCAGGCUCGUACGAUGGGUCAAUCAAGAUAUGGCAGUUCUCGACUGGAGCGCUUAUUCACAGGAUCAAUAACGUGCAUACAUCGCGUGUUUUAAAGCUCAUGCUGGACAAGUCGCGCAUUGUGUCAUGUUCGCACGACUGCUCAAUUUUGAUUAUUGACUUUGCGGCCGAGCUCUCUCACGCGCGCCUUUUAAUAUAGUAUUGCAGAUAUACUGGUUUACAUGUAUUUUGUCGAUUGAUUGUUGGAAAACAUUGUCAAAUGUCAAACUUUUUCUUUUUCUAGAAGCGUAGAUUUUUGACGCUAAUUUCGACCGCAUCAGCGGGGCAGCAUGCGUGCAUGCACGCAAACAGG